GGGGCCCUCCGCUCCUCACACAGACCACCAGCCAGAGCCCCGAGCCCACUCCUUUACGCACACACUGCCACAGUCAUGUCUGCUGGAGGAGAGAGAUCCAAGUCUGCUUCCCAGACGGACGGGAAGGCAGCUCAGAACAAGAUGUCUGAGAUGGGAAUGAAGUCCUACAAGAUGUACGUUUAUGAUCAGGAGAACUUCCAGGGCCGCUGCAUGGAGAUCAACGCCGAGUGUGUGAGCGUGUGCGACAUGGGGAUGGACAGGGUGCGCUCCCUGCGUGUCGACUGUGGGCCCUUCGUGGGUUUUGAGCAGAUGAACUUCUGUGGUGAAAUGUUCAUCCUGGAGAAGGGCGAGUAUCCCCGCUGGGACUCUUGGAGCAACUGUCAGAAGAACGACUACCUGCUGUCCUUCAGGCCCGUCCGCAUGGAUCCCGAGAAGCACAAGAUCUGCUUGUAUGAGGUUGGAGAAUUCAAAGGCCGCAAAAUGGAGAUCAUGGACGAUGACGUUCCCAGUCUGUUUUCCUACGGAUUCACCGACAGGGUGGGCAGUGUGAUGGUCAGCUGUGGAACCUGGGUGGGUUACCAGUUCCCCGGAUACCGCGGGAGCCAGUUCCUGCUGGAGAAGGGAGAAUACCGGCACUUCAACGAGUUUGGUGCUCGCUGCCCCCAGAUGCAGUCCAUCAGACGCAUCCGUGACAUGCAGUGGCACCCACACGGCUGCUACACCGUGUCCUCCAAGUGAAAUCCGGCGAGGGCGAGGAAGAGAGGGGCCGGAGGAGAGGCGGAGGCCGAGGGGAGGCGCAGAGAAGGAGGAGAUGGAGGGAGGGCGAAAAAGGAGAGGAGGAGGGAGAGGGUGUAAUGUCCUCUCCUCCAUCCUAAAAGCUCCCGGUGGUUUGAAUUAGAAGAUGGAGAGGAAGCAGAAGGUUGUUGUCAAAUGAGUAAUGAGGUCUUAUUUACUGUGAAAGAGAAGGUCAACAACCGCCGGUGUUGAAUCUGAUCAUCAAAACUCUCCACUUUCAUCUUCCUCUCUUCCUGUUUCAGUUCCCGGCUUCCCACUCACCUCGUUCUUCCUCCCCUUCCUCCCUCCCUCCCCCUCAUAUUCCACCAACACCAGCCCUCAUGCAGGCGUGGCUGUUUUUGUUUGUUAAUUUUUCCUGAUGUAGAAACUGAGAUGGACAACAAUCUCUUCAGGCUCAGAUCCGGCUGCCUCAUCAGCACCCAAAACCAUAAUAAAGCAUCUUUAACCCA